AUUCCCAGAUUGAUGGUUGUUGUUAUUUGAAGCCAUGCCUGGGGUUGUUGGUGCUAUUAGUGAUGUUUGUUAUUGAUGCUAGUGUACUGUUGAGAAGUGCAUCCAAAAUUGUUGUAGGAGAAAUUGAAACCAGCACUAGAGUCUUUCUUAUGAGUGGCAACAUGGGCUGAAGGUGUAUUGGCUGAAACAGUGGUAUUAUGGCGUUCAAGCCACUUUUCAAAAUUAAGAAGGCUCUGCACAUCUGCAAGAGUCAAGUCAUCAAGUUGUUUAGUGACUGUGAUGACAAAUGUAUCAUAUUCUGCAGAAAAGCCACCAAGAAGAUAGUAUAUCAUGUCUGAGUCAGACAAAAUAAUUUGAUGCAGCCAGUGCAUCAUAAAGAGUCCUUUAAAUUUCUGUAUAUGAUCAGUAAUGGAGAGAUCCCCUUGGUUGACAUGGGCAAGUUCUAGUUUCAGAUCAUGCACCCGAGAUUUAUUAGAAGAGAAAAGUCAGUUCAGUCUAUCCCAGACUGACUUAGAAGUUGUGCAGCCCACAACUUCGGCUAAAAGCCUAAAACUUGUUCUGUUAAAAUGGAAAGAAUCCAACUAAGGAUCAAUUGAUCCUGUUCUUGCCAUGCAGAAUAAUCUGAGUUGAUAAUGUUUCCAUUUUUACCAUCAAUAAACUGUGAUGGGCAGGGGAGUGACCCAUCCACAUAGCCAAAAAGUUGGUGUCCUCUAAGAGCAGGAAUAACCUGAGCAGUCCAACGAUAAUUGCUUCUAUCAAGGCAAAUGGAAAUGAGAUUCAUGAAGUUUGACAAGGGAACCACUGUAAUAGUGCAAGCAGAUCCAUGAUUUGAAGAUUCUCCCUGAGUUUGUGCUGAUGCUCUAUUAUUUUCAGUAACAUCCAUGAAUGACAACAAGAGCUAUACCAUUUAAAAGUAAGACAUGGAAAUUGUUAAAGCUGCAUACAAAAGGAAAGCAUGGGAGUCUCAUCCUGAUCGAUUUCCAGCAAAUGAGAAACCUCAUGCAGAGUCCAAGUUUAAAUUAAUUUCAGAAGCAUAUUCAUGUCUGCAGACUGGAACAAAGCAGGAACUUUCUAGAGAAGCUACACAUGCACAAGUCGUGAGAUGGGGUGUUCCAAAAGUUCACGGGGGAAGAAAGAAUAAUGCUUUGGUUAAGGCCCCAUUUCUUUUUCUUGUUUUGGGGACAGUGACAUUGGGUGGCUUAAUUGCUGCGAGGGCUUAUCAAAAGCAAAAAGAAGCAUACCCUUCUCACAAUCCAUUUCUACCUUGAAUGAAAACCACAGGGUAAAGCAAUGUCAAACGUGCAUUCAUGCAUUUCCAAUUAUCUGGAUGAAUUUGUGCAUUUUGCUCCCCAUAAAUGCACCAAUUAGACAUGGCAAAUUAAAUGGAGAGAGAGUCUUGACGUGCUCUGGAGUUCAUGUACUGACGCUUUCUUUUCUCUCUUUAUCCAGUUUAUUUCAAAUUUUUGCAAGUGGUUGGGAAUCCUUCUCCUGGUGGAAAUGGAAUAUUGAAUAUGGGGGAACUAUGGAAAAGGAUGUGCUGGAUUAUG